AUGUGGGGCAGCAGGAUCCUCCCUGAGCUCGGGGACGGCGGCGGCUUGCGCAGCUACAAAGCCGGCCCAGAUUACUCCUCCGCGGGAUGGUUAUCUGGUACUGAAUCACUGUGGCAGGCCUCAACCAUUCCAUCGAGCAGCCGAAGUAACCAUAUCAGAAGACACAGUAUAGCUUCUGACAGCGGGGACACUGGCAUUGGUACCUCCUGUUCUGAUAGUGUGGAAGAUCAUUCAACGUCAAGUGGUACUUCCUUGUUUAAGCCCAGCCGAUCACUGGUCUCUAUUCCCACUGCCCAUGUGAUGCCGUCUAAUGCCAGCUCUUCACUUUCCAAACACAGGGAAGCUCUGAAGUCUGACUGCUCACAAUGGAGUACAAACCUUUUACGGUCAGGAGGAAGUCGAAAUCUGGGCAUAGUGGACCACUCUCUUGACAUGAAGGAUGUGAGGCCUGUAAGGAAAUGGUCAUCCUUGUCUAAACUCAGCACACCAGAUAGCUGCAGUCAGGAUGAAAGUGUCCUUUCAGGGGACUCCAGGGCUAGUACUGACAGAUCAGGAAGAGACAAGACCAUGUCACCACAAUUAAGAACAAAUGGGCCGAGUUGUUUGCAUAAUAGCAUGGAGUUGCUAAAAGUUGAGGACAAAGAAACUGGGAAAAAACGAUCUUCUACGCUGGAUUGCAAAUACAAAUUUGAAAGUUGCAGCAAAGAAGACUUUGGUGUUUCAGACGCCUCAAAUAGGAGACAUGUCUUUGACAUGACCUACAGUGCCUUACCUGAAAGCAAGCCCAACUCAGCCAGCUGUGAGGCUUUUGGGCACAAAUAUGCAACACUGGGACAGCAGGCUAUGAACGGAGUACCCAUUCAGCCCUCAGUGAGGACUCAGAUGUGGCUUACAGAACAGUUGCAUGCACAUCCUCUGGACUGUAGGACUGCUGAGGAGUCGUAUGGUUUGGCAGCUUGGCAACUGCAGCAGCUUGAAGAUCUUACAAGGGGAAAUGAGCACCCGAUGCAGGUUCUGACUGGAUCGUCUCGUCAAGGUUACACAGGUACAGGCUAUCAGGAUUUCAGUAAUUGGGAAUCCCUUAUGAAAAUCAAAGAAGGGUUGCUAAGACAGAAAGAAAUUGUGAUUGAUCGGCAGAAGCAACAAAUUAACAGUUUACAUCAGAAGAUACAGGAGAAUGAAUUACGGGCUCAACAUGCCAGACUGAGCCACCUUGUGAAUUGUGACGAAUCUUACGUGACUAAUUUACAGCAUUCACAAUAUGAGAACACAUCAUUGCAAGCUCCAUUUUCAGAAAGAUCAGUAUCCCACUGUGAGGAGCUUGAGCAAAAGCUUGCAUCAGUUGAGAAUAAGGAAAUGCAACUCAAUGAGUUUCUCAAGCAAAUUUCAAACAAAUCCAGUGAAGAGAAAAAGAAGAUGGAAGAGAAACUUAAAACCAGAGACAGGUACAUAAAUAGCCUGAAAAAGAAAUGCCAAAAAGAGUCUGAACAAAACAAAGACAAACAGAGACGAAUUGAAACCCUAGAAAAAUAUCUAGCUGACCUGCCAACGCUGGAUGAUGUAGAAAGGCAGAGUAAGCAGCUGCACAUUCUAGAAGAGAAGAACAAGCAACUCCAAGAAACAGUGACAGAUUUGGAGAAGAAGCUUGGAGAGACUAGAACACAAUGUAGGGAGAAAGAGCUGCAACUCGUGUGUCAGAAAAAGAAAGAAAAAGACCUGGUCACCACAGUGCAGAGUUUGCAACUGAAAGUAGAAAAAUGCCUGGAAGAUGGUAUCCGCCUCCCCAUGUUGGACACAAAACAGCUUCAGAGUGAGAAUGAAUGCCUCAAAGAAAAGAAUGAGAAAGCCCGCAAGGUCAUAGACAAUCAACAAAAUCAGAUAGCUGGGAUGAUGAUAGAAAUUCAGUCUAUGGAAGAAAAGCUUUUGCAAGGGAAACGGACAAUGCAGAAGAUGACAAAUGAGACUGAAGAAAAAGAGAGGCAUAUACAGCAGUUAAAUAAAACUCUGCUUGAAAACCAAAGACUAAUGGAAGAGAAUGCCUUUUUGAGGGAGCAGAUAUGCCAGAUGGAACAGUCCAGACAGCCAGUGUCUGAAAAGAUGCCGGUGGCUGACCAGUUGUUCAAAGAAAUGUCCCAUUGUUUGUUUGACUUGAAAGCACUAUGCAGUAUUCUUACCCAGAGAGCUCAGGGCAAGGAGCCUAACCUCUCCUUACUGCUGGGAAUCAGAUCAAUGAGCUGUUCAGCUGAAGAGAAUGAGAAUUACCACAGCACAGAAACUCUCAGCAAGAAACUCUCGGAGGUGUGUCAAUUACGGAAGGAUAUUGAUGAACUGAGGACUAUAAUAUCAGACCGUUAUGCUCAGGACAUGGGAGACAACUGCGUUACCCAAUGA